UGUCAGUAUAUCCUUCUCAAUUUUCAAAACCUUCCAGACGCUAGACCUUUUUCCUGGGUUUUUUCCUUUCCCUUUUUCUUUUCCAUUUUUUAACGAGCCAGAGGAAAACAGUUUCCGUACCGGCAAGAAGGAAGCGUUUUUGGUGCCUCAGAAUCUCGCCAAAUCACAAAGUCAAGGUUUCGGUUGAUUAAUCGAAGCCGUUAGUGUUGAAAUAGAAUGGAGAUUAGCGGAGGAACAGAAGCCUUGAAUCGCGUUCCAUUAUCAGAAGUUGUUUCCGAUUGCGUCAAAAGAUGGUUUAAGGAUACUUUGACAGAGGCCAAGCGUGGGGAUAUCAACAUGCAGGUCUUGGUUGGUCAAAUGUAUUAUAGCGGUUAUGGCAUUCCAAGAGAUGCUCAGAAGGGAAGAAUUUGGAUGACAAAAGCAUCAAGAAGUCGGUCAUCCGUCUGGAAAGUUAGUGAUAAACAUCCAGGUUAUAAUGCUAGCGAUUCGGACUCAGAUGACGUGACUCACGAUUCUUAACUAGAUCAGUGCUGUAUGUCAUGUCAAAACAACCACUGGAUGUGCUUUUCACUUGGGGAACUCUACUUGCUCAGCAACAUUCGUAGCUGCGAAGAACAACAUUCGUGCACUUCCUGAAUGUUGAAUUUAACGGAUGUAAUAUGCUUUGAUUUCACCUUUACCCUACAAAGAAUCUGUGGCACUUCCCUGUGGUCAAAUAGGCUAAAUCCUAUAUCCACUUUUUAUUCUGUUUAGGUUGCCUCUGUUCACUGUCUGCCAGACAUUUUCAAUUGAUUUUUGCAUAAUUGUUAAGGUCUGAACUCUUUUAGUUGCUAAUAAAAUUCCCUUUUAAGAACAA